GCAGUUGUACCGUUUACCGCGCUUAUUCAUUCCAGUGCCGACCGGUAGUAAAGACUCACAUAUUUUUUAGCUUUCUUAAAAGUAUAUUAUAAAUUAAAAAAAAAUGGAAUUCCUUGGCAAGAAAUACAAGAUGAUCUCUUCGGAGAACUUCGACGAGUUCAUGAAGGCUAUCGGUGUUGGCCUCAUCACCCGCAAGGCCGCCAGCGCCGUCACCCCGACGGUGGAACUCCGUCAGGACGGAGACACCUACACCCUCGUGACGUCAUCCACCUUCAAGACCACCGAGGUCAAGUUCAAGCCCGGUGAGGAGUUUGAUGAGGAGAGGGCUGAUGGUGCCAAGGUGAAGUCAGUGUGCACGAUCGAGGGCAACACCCUGAAGCAGGUGCAGAAGUCCCCGGACGGCCUGGAGAUCUCAUACAUCAGGGAGUUCGGGCCCGAGGAGAUGAAGGCUGUGAUGACCGCCAAGGACGUGACAUGCACCCGCGUGUACAAGGUGCAGUAACUUGUCCCGCGGCGCCGCCUGUCCUGCACAACUAUACAUUACGUUAGGCGACUAGUGUCUCCGCUCGAAUUUCUCUCCCGAAAACAUCAAAUAAUAUUAUUUUUGUACUUUCAGUGUAUUUUGCCAAAGUUACGUGUGAACGUAUUCUCUUGAUGUUUUUCUGUUGUAUAAGUUUUUCAGUGCAUAUUUAAAUAAACGGUUUUUUUGUA